CUCAUAUGUUUAGAUGGGUUUCCAUUAACACCAAUACUAAUUUUGCAAAAGUACUUCGUUUAUGAUAACUCAGAUUUUAUCUAUCAGUAAAGUAGUGAAUUGUUGUAGACUUUACUCUGCAACGAGUAGCAUUUAUAAUAACAAAAAGUUUUGUAAGUUGAUGGCUCACAAGUUAUCUACCAUUCUGAAGAAUGUCUCAGGUUGGUAAAGCUAAGAUGCCAUUGAGAAAAGCUCGCUCAACAUAUUCUCUUCCUGAGAGGAUGUAUCAUGCACCCAGUAAUAAUUAUAUUAAUGGCAUUAAAUGCAAUAGUAUAUGCUCCAAUCAUUCCUUAUUAGUUCAAGAGCAUAUGGAUUCAGAAAAGAAGGCACAACAAGCCAAUAAAGAAUCUGUGCUAUACACACGAUAUCUUAUUAAUAAAAUUUCUGAAAGCCUCAGAGAUUGUUUGACUUUUUCAAAACAUUUCCUAUGUCUACAGCUCCUUAAAAUACCUCUCAUGGGUGAUGGAAUAAAAAUUUUAGGGGAGCCCCAAACCCCUCAUAUCGUUAGUAUGUAUCGCUCGAGAGUGGAGUCCAGUGCCCUCGGAGGAGCAGCUCUGGUCUACGCAUCAGGGUCCAAUCUAGUCACCAACUGGCACUACUGCAGCAUCCGAACUUUUACACUGGACUGA